AUGAACGAUGGAGAAGCAACUCCUUCUGUCGAUGGAUCGACACCAACAGCAAGCAGUCCGGUAAUAAGCCGCGUUGAUGACGAAAAGCCUAUAGUCAGCAACACUGCCCAGGAGACGGAUCUCGAGAGCGGGCUGGCCAAGCAACGAAGCGUAGAAAAAGCGGCAACCGUCGUUGACCCGAAUAUCGUCGAUUGGGACGGUCCAGAUGACCCCGAGAAUCCCCUCAACUGGCCAAUGAAGAAGAAAAUCGGCGCGACAGUUUCGAUCUCGGUGAUCACGCUUCUGACCCCUUUAGGAUCAUCAAUGUUUGCUCCCGGCGUCCCUGAGCUAGUGAAAGACUUUGGGGUCACCAACAUCGAGCUGUCAUCGUUCGUGGUCUCGGUCUAUCUGUUGGGAUACUGCUUUGGGCCCCUGCUAAUUGCACCUAUAUCGGAAAUGUACGGCCGACAGUACAUCUAUACGGGUUGCAACAUUCUAUAUGUGAUCUGGACUAUCUGUUGCGCAGUGGCACCCGAGAUCGGCAGUCUGAUUAUCUUUCGAUUCCUCGCUGGCUUUGCUGGUAGUUGCCCACUGACUAUUGGCGCCGGCUCGAUUGCCGAUAUGUUCGUACAGGAGAAGAGAGGCAGUGCUAUGGCAGCUUGGUCUCUUGGUCCUAUGAUCGGACCGGUCAUCGGUCCAGUUGCCGGUUCGUACCUCGCCCAAGCAAAGGGCUGGAGAUGGACCUUUUGGGUCCUCUCUAUUGCUAGUGGAGCUAUUGCAAUCAGCUCAGUAUUUACAAUUCGUGAAUCCUAUGCCCCUACUAUCCUGCAGCGCAAAACCAAGCGACUCCAAAAGGAAACCGGAAACAUGAACCUGCGCUCUGCACAAGACACAGGUCGUACACCGAAGGAGCUAUUCCUCGUCUCCAUCGUGCGACCUACCAAAAUGCUCUUCUGCUCUCCAAUCGUCUUCCUUCUCUCGCUUUACGUCGGUGUGAUCUAUGGAUACCUAUACUUGUUGUUCACAACUAUCACCACUGUAUUCACAUCACAGUACGGUUUCUCCCAGGGCACAGUUGGUCUUACAUAUCUUGGUAUGGGCGUUGGCUCUUUCAUCGGUCUCGCCAUACUAGGAUCAACAUCUGACAAAUUACUCAAUUAUCUAUCCACCAAGCAUGGCGGGCCAAAGCCCGAGUACCGUCUUCCGCCUAUGAUCCCCGGAUCUAUCUUCGUUCCCAUCUCGCUAUUCAUGUACGGCUGGAGUGCUUAUUAUCAAACUCACUGGAUCGUGCCUAUCAUCGGAACCUCCUUCCUAGGUAUCGGAAUGCUGAUGACCUUCAUGUGUGUCAGUACCUAUCUGGUCGAUGCGUUCACAGUCUACGCUGCUUCCGCUAUGGCGGCCAAUACAGUGUUCCGUUCCCUGGCCGGUGCCAUGCUUCCUCUCGCCGGACCAAGAAUGUAUGAGACUCUCGGACUUGGCUGGGGAAAUUCCCUGCUUGGGUUCAUUGCUCUGGCCUUUUGUGCGCUGCCCGUGGUGUUCUGGGUGUAUGGUGAGCGCAUAAGAACUCACCCGAGAUUCCAGCUGAACCUCUAG